AUGGCAGCAGCAACAAACUGCAGAGAAUCACAACCCUCGACACCACCAAUUGAGGAAAAAUCAGAGUAUCCCACUCUGCUACUGAAGCUGAUGAGCAAAAGAAGAACAUGGGUCUUCCUUUUUGUCUCUGUCUACACCGUCCUGCUCUCUCUCUCCUCGAACCUCCUCAAAUCCGUCCUCUCCCGCUACGAAUUCGAGUAUUCUUCUUCUUCAUCUUCUUCGGCGCUGUACGUGUCGAUGCUCCUCGGGCUCGCCUUCGGCGUUCUGUCCAUGGUGGCGGCGCUGGCGGUGGCUGUGCCGGCCACGCUGGUGACGUGGAUUACCGUCCUCGUGCUCUUGACUUUCUGCGGGAAGCCCAGAAAGGAUCUGGUGGUGGAGGGCAAGAAAUUGACGGCUGAGAUUACUGGGUUCGUGCUCAGGGUGUUGAUCAAGGAAGGGAAUGUUGUGGCUGCGCUCUGUGCUGUUGUUGGGUAUUUUGCUCUGCUUCGGAAGAAUAAGGAUUUUGAUUCUUAG